CGCGUCAAUUGCAAAGGGAAAGAAAAAAGGACGAAAGUCGCCGCUCCUCAUGCUACCAGCUUCGUAUCUGCCACAACAAAUGUAAUGCCAUUCGAACGACAACCACUCAUGGAAACCUCAGACAAUAACGCGACGAGCUCGCCGGCUCCUCCUUCCACUGCGCGCCGCUCGGGACGCGUCACAAAGGCGCCCGCCAAGUUUACCCCCGAUGCGCCGGGAACCACCAAGCGCAAGCGGGACGCCGACCACGAUGCAGAGGAUGUUGAGAACGAGUCGCCGGAUGAGGCAGAGGAGCCUAGCGAUGCUGACGAGGAUGACGCCGAAGACACGGCUACCGAGGAACCCCGGCGCGCCGCCCGAAAGCGGAAACCCUCGUCGUCGCAGCGCCCCAAAGCAAGGAAGCCGGCCGCAAAGAAGCCCAAAAUCAAUGGCGACGCGUCGGGCUUCGAGCCAAUGCAUGCUGCGCAACUGCCCAGCCGCCCGAAGAAGGCCGUUCGAAUAGAGAUUGCCCGUCGCGACGGUGACGGGUUGUAUGCCAAUAUUUUUGCCUCUGGAGACUCUUCCGACAAGGUCGCGACGGAAUGGUACCACAAGUAUCAGGCGGAUAACACCGCCGCUGUCACCGAUCUCGUGAAUUGCGUCCUCUUGUCAGCCGGCUGCGAUCAGCAGGUCACGGAAGACGACAUCCGCGAUCCCGAGAACUGCUCUAAUAGGCUGGCCGACUUACAGAAUGUCUAUACCGAGGAGGGGAUCACGGAUUAUCCAUUAAUCUCUAGGGCCAAGUCCAGCAAGUCGUUCCGUGACCUGCUCAUUGGCUUCUUCAGGUCUCUUGUCACCGUUCUGCACGAGACCGACGUCCUCUACAAGGACGGCGCAUUGAUGGAAAACAUUGCAAGAUGGGUGGCAUCCAUGUCCUCUUCUACGCUGCGGCCAUUCAGGCACACGGCAACGACCGUCGCACUCGCAAUGGAGACGGCGUUGGUCGAAGUAGCCAAGAAACUCGAUGACCGCGUCAGCAAGAUGACGCAGGGGGUUGAAGCUGAGAAGAACCGCAAGGGAAAGAACAAGGAGCGGCUUGCCGCAAUCCAGAAGAACUUGGACGAAGCGGAGCAGAAUCGUAAACUCUGUGAAGAGCAGAUCAACGACUUCUUCCAAACUGUCUUUGUCCAUCGGUACCGCGAUGUCGACCCCAAGAUCCGGACCGAGUGCGUCGAGGCCCUCGGCACCUGGACCUGGCAUCUGCCUACCUUCUUCAUGGAACCCGAGUAUCUACGGUAUCUGGGCUGGAUGCUUUCCGAUGUCAUGCCGCAGACGAGACAUGAGGUUCUCAAGCAGCUCGCGCGGAUAUUCAAACGGGACGCUGAAAAACUCGGACACUUUAUCGACCGCUUCAGGCCGCGCUUGGUCGAAAUGGCUACAAAGGACUCGGAUGUCAGCGUCCGCGUCGCUGCUAUCGCGGUUAUCCAGAUCCUCAAGGACACGGGCAUGUUAGAACCUGGCGAGAUUGACUCAAUAGGCCGGUUGAUCUUCGAUUCGGAGCUGCGUGUGCGAAGAGCAGUCAUAGAUUUCUUCGCGGGCUGCGUCAACGACUCGAUCGAGACCAAGAUUGACGAAAUGGGAGGCGGCGAUGCCAUUGACGAGCUGUUCGGCGAAGACGACGACGACGACUAUUCUUCUCCCCGCAGAGACUGGAUCGCCAUCAAAUGUCUUGCCGAGCUGCUCUCGGCAUACGAUGCACAGCUCGAGGAGGAAAAUCGCACACUACCGCCCCGAGGGCUUGAUAUCGCUGUCGGGAUAGUUCCGGCUGUCGCGCCCGAGACGCGCAUCUCCAUGGCAUCCCAAGUGCUGUAUGAGAAAAUCGACCAAGUGAAGAACUGGGAGCUCCUGUCAGGUUAUCUCCUCUACGAUCACACGACAAGCACGAAAUCAAGGCCGUCAUCCAAGCGCACCUCAAGCGAGGUGGCCAUGAAAACCGCCAUAGCGCCGGCGGGCAACGAGGAAGCCGUGCUUCUCGAGGUGCUGGCAUGCGCCGUGCGGCUGAGUCUGGCACCCGGCUUGGAGGCCGACAGGAGCAGGAGGAGACAACGCCCUGAUGCCAUUGAAAGCGCAGAGGACUCUGCGGUGCAUCUGGCCACUGCUAUCCCUCAGCUCCUGAACAAAUACGGAGCCGAAGCUAAUACUGCAGUGCUUGUAUUACGACUGGAGCACUCCUUACCUCUGGACAUCUUCCAGCAGCUCCGCCAAGACUCGACAACAUACAGUCGCUUGCUAGACGAGAUAUGCACACAGUUCGACCGGCAUGUCGAUCGGGGCGUUCUGGCUGAAGCGGCGGCUGCUCUUUUGCACGCGCGCAAAUAUGACGCACUAGAGGAGCUUACUGACACCAAGAUAUCAGAGCUCUGGGAGACAGUUCUCAACACCCUCCGGCAAUUCGACAAAACUCAAGACCUGAGCGACCGUGGUAACAUGAAACCCCCCACUAUCACCCAGCUCGGGAACGUCCUCCUCAAGAUCAGCAAGCUCGCCAGCAUUGCCGACUGCGUCGAAGUGCUCGAAGCCCAGGGCCAGUCAGAAGACUCCACCAAUCCCGUCAUCGAACUGCUCAUCCGUAUAGUGCACCGCGGCAAGCUCGAGCAAGAAGACGAGGUCCUCGACGACCUCGAAGACGAAGCCGUUGCGUUCGCUAUCCAAGCAUGCCAGUUUUACUUUAUGUGGAAAGUGCGCGCCCUCAUCGGCGCCGUCCAAGCUCGCGCCGACAUCGCCCCGCGCGACAUUGAUCGCCUUGCCUCGCUCCGCAAAACGUACGCAAACAAUCUCAUCUGGACCCUGUCCUCGCGCGGGACCAACGACGAGUUGCGGCUGUUUGCGACGGGUGGCCUCUGCGAUCUGCACGUACUCUUCGCCACCCUCCGCCAGGCUGCCGCAGGCGACCGCAACCAACAACAACAACCCCAAACAGCAGUCGCAACAGACCCCUUCGGAGAGGAAGGAGAAUACCCCCAGCUGACCCCACUCUUCGAGCCCAUCCAGGCGGGACUCACAAACGAACUGAUUGAAAUUUUCACUGCCGCCGAGCGCGCCUAUGCGCGCUGCAUCGGCCGCACGCUCAACGAGCCGGCCGAGGUCGAGGACCCGCUGAACCAGCUGUCCGAGGACGAAGACGCCGACAAUGGCGACGACGACGACGACGACGCAAACCUCACCCCGACCGAGCGCAAGGGCAAAGAGCUCAAGCUGGAGCGAUCCCUGUGCGAGCUCACCGGCAAGCUGGUCCUUGCCAUGCUGGCCAAGAUGCUCGACCACGACGGUCCCGGGGCGGGUAAAUUGAGAAAGAGGAUGGUGCGCAACCGGGCGAAGCUGGGGCCGAACUUUAAAGAGACGCUCGCGUUUCUGGAUGAAGGGAAGAUAAGAGAUAAGCUGGCGGCAGCUGCUGCUAGUGGUGGGAGUGCGGGGAGAAAAGGAGCUGCUUCUGCUUCUGCGGGUGCGAGUGCGAAGGGCAAGGGCAAGGGUAAGCAGCCUGUUACUACUAAUGCUUCUGCUGCUGCUGCUGCUGCCAGUCGGGGUGGUGGUGCCGCGGCGGCAGCCGCCGGGAAGAAGGCGCCGCGCAGCGCGGAGAUGGUUGCUGCCGAGGACGAUCUGUCGGAUCUUUCCGAGCCUGAGGAGCCCGAACCCGAGCCCGAGCCGGAGGAGGGAUCGAGGGAGGAUUUGCGACGGCGGGAGUUGUUGGAUGAGGAUGAUCCGAUUGAAGACGAUGACGAUGACGAUGAAGAUGGAGAUGGAGGGGGUGGAGGUGAUGACGGCGAGCCUUCCCGGAUGGAUGAGGAUGAUUCUGUAAUAGGGGACUGAUAAUGAUGCGUGGCGUGCAUGAACGGGGAGAUCUAGCGGUGAGGAGGCAAGGCCCUAGUGUUGAAAGCUUUCUUCCCUUCUUUACCUGCAGUUUUUUCUCUUGCGUCUUGGCUGUUGCUGUUCCAGCGGCGCGUGUCGUUAAUCCGGAUAGCUGGCUGGCAAGUGUCUUUGAAGGGCUGGCCGGGAGCAGCGAUGAUUACUUAUGGUCUAUGAUGAACUUGGCUCUGAGUAUUAAGUACCUUGCAGUUCCUAGAAUGGCUGUCGUCUAGCUGCCUUCAAAGCAGCGUUUUACUUGGUUCUACGAUCAAGGCUGUUUCCUACACUAGCGUUCCAUUUCUUUAGCUCAGUUAUGGUCAAGGCUGGCAAAAGGCAAAUGCUUGCUCGUUAUGAGGUUUCGGUCGAGGCAGUCAGCAAGGAGGGCUGGAUCGUGUACAUCUCUGUAUGGGUAUAAAUUAUCUUGCUCUCGUUAACCACGACAAACAUUGAC